UAAAAAGAAAGUAUGAGCGUAUAGCAUUCCUUAUUAAACUAUGCCAUGGUAACAUAAGAUUGGUUGAUAUGGAUACGGGAAUAGAUGUCAAUGAUAUAAAGGAAACAACACUCUUUAUACAACCAUCGCCAGAAUUGGUAGCUUCAGAUCGCUGGAUAGCUUUAGAAGCGCAAUUCUGUAGCAAUCACAGAAACGUUCGAACUAUACCAGAUGCAGAAAUAAUCUAUGCAGUAAUAUAUGGCUCAACACACACAAUGUGCAACCCUAGAGUCAGCUUUGAUAUAAACAACCAAAGAACCAGUCCUUCUCAGUCAAGCUCCCCUGAUCCUUCAAUAUCUCAUAAUCCUGUAGAGCCAGCAGCAUCUUAUCAUGACGAUAGUCGUCGUCUAGCUAUUUCAACUGAACAACAGGAAGCGGAUACUGUCCCUUUUAAUCCUUCAGUGGACACAAUACCAAUUUCUCAAAAUAAUCAUGGCCCAAAGGUGACUUAUAGAGGGCUGCAGGAGGCUGAUACUGUCCCAUUUAACCCUUCUGCCACAAUUCCAUACUCAAGCUCAUACACACGACGACAGAUUGAUAUCACACCACCUCAUACUUCACAAACAGCAUCAACAGAUGACCAGGCACAUUGUGACAUAGCUUCUAAUCAUGUAGAUACCCUGGCGAUAGUCUCUAUCCCUAAUCAUUCCAAAGAAAACAAAGUACCGUAUAACUCUUGUCAACUUCAUGCUCACACAUCCAAAAGUAUUCAAGCCAAACCCGAUAGCUCAGAUGCAGCAUUUGAACAUAAAGAGGAUACAUUAAGUCAAACACCAGCAGCUAUGCUGACUGAUAUCUUUGACCUAGAUGAGAAAAUCAUACCAUCUGAAACUAAACUUGAGCUAGAAUCCAAGCAGGAAGAUGGUUCAGUGUCUAAAACGUCUGCUUGUUCACAGCCAUCACCACAAGUAGAAGCUGUAACUCUUACCCUUAAUGUAGGUGAUUUCUUUGAUGAUAUGAUUGGAAAUUUCGAUCCAUUACCUGCCCCAUCAUCUCCACCACCCACAACGUCACGCUUACCAAAACCAACAGUAAACCGAGAUGAAUUAGUAGAAAAUCGACAGCAAGAUAGAAUGGAGGAAGAUGGUUUAGUGAAUACCAAUACCAAUACAACCAACGUGCAAAAACCAUCUUCUCUUACAAAUGAAGUAUCCACAGCCGACGGAGACUUUGAUCAAAAUGAACCUGCUGCGGGACAGCAUUCUGCUGCUGAUAUCACCAAUGAAUCAACCAUCGUUUCCAAUGAUGCAAUGAGUAUAGAUACACCCAUUGAUGAAGCGCCUGAUACUACUACUGCUGCUACUGCCGCUACUACUACUGUUUUUGAGUCUCAGGCUAGUGCACAUUCUCAGUCUGAUACAGUUGAAUCAACCGCCAAUACAAGCACACCUUCCAUCAGGAAUAUUGAGAACAGGGAUCAGGUUAUUUAUGCUCCUCUUGUGAAAAGGCCACGCCCUGUCGAUGCACAUAUCCAACAACAACAACAACAACAAAGCAGUCAUGGUGUUGUUAAUUAUAAAAGGUUUCGUAAAACUCCACAGUUGAGAACUGGUGGAAAUACAAGAAUAGUGCAGACGGUUGGCUAUAACAAUAGAAAUGAAGUUGAAGGUAAGUUGUCUAUGGUCUAUGAACUGACUUUGGGUAACCUCUUUUCAUAGAUACGACAAGACAUAGUGAUGCGUCCUUGUUUGAUCCAGAUGUGACAAUUCGUGUCAA